CAUAUCACUAUCAAUAUUUGCUCUUUCAGUUAAAGGAACGUGCGGAAAUCGUCCUUUUGAUGUCACACCGAUUGUUCAAACUCGUGCGGAAGAACCAAGUGAAGUCAAUGAAGAUGAUGACAAUGAUGAUGAUGAUUCAAAACCGAGACCAUCAUUGCACCAAGGAAGAAUUAUUGGGGGCCACUUCGUCCAGCAUGGCUCAUACCCAUGGCAGGUGCGAUUUCACAUAUUGCAGCGUCCUUACACUGAAACAGGUGACACGUAUGGAUCUCACCACUGCGGAGGCGCAAUCCUUAACCCAUACUGGAUACUUAGCGCAGCCCACUGUUUUCAAGGUAAACCAGUGGACAGGAUGGUGGCAGUUGUAGGUGAUCACGAUAUGAAAGUAAAAGAUAUGGGGGAACAAACAUUCGCUAUUCAAAAAGUCAUUAAUCACGAACUGUAUAAUGAUAACACCAAGAGUUUUGACAUUGCAUUAGUCAAGAUUAAACCAACACAUAAUGGUAAUGGCAUUGAGUUCAACAGUUAUGUACAGCCGGUCUGUCUACCUAAACUCCAUGAGUUUUUGAGAAGUGGCAUGCAAUGCACAAUUGCCGGAUGGGGCUAUAUGAAUCGAAACGUUCUAAAAGCCAUUGAGAUACCGAUCAUUAAUUCCCGGCAGUGUGUAGAAAUGUACAAAAGAACCAAUGGCUACAGUAUGCUAACAAUGCUCUGUGCGGGCAACAUCACGGGAGGGGUUGAUUCUUGCGAUGGGGACAGUGGUGGGCCGCUGGUCUGUAAGAUUUCAGGUGUUUACACAGUAGUUGGUAUCACCUCAUGGGGAAUAGGAUGCGCGUUGGCAAAUAUGCCUGGUGUUUACGCUCGAGUCUCUACCUUUAUCGACUGGAUAACGAAGACUGUUAGCUUCAACAGCAACACCAGGGCAGAAGAAACAUUUCCACCAAAACCAUAA